GUGCAUUAGGUGUAUGUAUUGACUGAAGUGAAGGCACAUUGCAAUUGUAGUUCAUUUCCUUUUCUCGUUAAACAUGUCUAAAAGAGGACGCGGAGGUACUGCUGGAGCGAAAUUUCGCAUAUCGCUGGCCCUUCCGGUCGGCGCUGUUAUGAAUUGUGCCGACAAUACGGGCGGAAAGAAUCUGUACGUAAUCGCCGUGAAUGGCAUUAAGGGUCGUCUGAAUCGACUGCCGGCCGCCGGCUGUGGAGACAUGUUUGUGGCCACCGUUAAGAAGGGUAAACCAGAGCUCCGCAAGAAAGUGAUGCCCGCAGUUGUCAUCAGACAGAGGAAGCCAUUCAGAAGGAAGGACGGAGUGUUCAUCUACUUUGAAGACAACGCCGGAGUCAUUGUCAACAACAAAGGAGAGAUGAAGGGCUCGGCCAUCACUGGACCCGUCGCUAAGGAAUGCGCUGAUCUCUGGCCAAGAAUCGCUUCCAACGCCAGUUCUAUCCAAUGAAUGAUUGCAUUAAAACACGAUUUUCUGUAUUUGAACUCAAAUUAAGUUUUUUGGAUAAAAAUAAAGGAAAAUUAAUUGAAAAAA